AUGGCCGCUAAAUUCAUCGUCCUUGCUACCAUCCUUGCUGCUUGCAAUGCAUUGCCAGUCUGGUACAAUGGUGUCCCAGCUGUGGUCAUGAGGAUCGGUCGCUCUCCAAGCAUCUCCUACGGCUUCGGCAGCGGCUUCAGCAGCAACAUCGGUGGCAUCUCCCACUCCACUGGCAUCGGUGCCUCGUUCCAGUCUGGAGAGGGUGAAGCUUACGGUGCGGGCAUUGGAUCUUCCAACGGUGGUUAUGCUCGUGGUGUAGGAAUUGCCAGCGCUGGCAACAGUCACCCAGUACAGUACCAAGCACCUCACCACCACGUAUACCAAGCACCUCAACCAGCUUACGAGUCCGCAGUCGCCUCUGCUCAGAACUUCGGCGGCUACGGAAACGCUGUGUCUUCUGCUCAGUCUCUUGGUGGCAACAACUUCGGAUCUGCCGUCUCCUCUGCCCAGAGUGGUGGCCACGCUCGCUUCAACAGUGCCGUCUCUUCUGCUCAGAACGUGCAUGGAUACGGAUCAGCUCUUUCUUCAGCUAACAGUGGUUAUGGAUCAGCUCUGUCUUCAGCUCACAACUCUGGCUUCGGAUCCUCAGUAUCUUCUGCCCAGACCAGGGGUCAUGGUUACGGUUCAGCCGUGUCUGCUGCUGAGAACAUUGGAGGAUACGGUGCCAGCACUGCCCAGGUUGCCCAGCAGCGCUCUGGUGGUAUCCAGCACAGUGGUGCGACCAGCAUCAACGCUCCUGGUCUCCAGGCUGCUCACUCCCACGCUGUCAACUCUGGAUUCUUCUGA